AUGUCACUUCUUAAUGUAACCUACUUCGGCACUGGAAUGGAUCAAAUAAAAAAAACGGCAGACAUUUGUCUUGUAUUUCCUCCCAAAGUCGUCUCUCCAGGCUUACCUGCAUUGUUUCUUGGAAAAUAUAGACAUCGAACGCUCUUGGAUUAUUCUGCGCCCAGACUUCAACUCCAGGUGGUUGUGAUCUUCGUUCUCACGCAGAUAAUUCACAGUCUGCUCAAAAACCUGGGACUUCCAUUGUUCAUUUCCCAAAUUCUUGCGGGGAUAAUACUCGGUCCUACGUUUUUUGGUAAUCAAUUUUCUUUGGUUAACGUAUCGGAGGAUAGUGUUUCAGUUUUGGGGUCGGUGGGAGGCCUCGGCAUACUGUUCUUUUUGUUUUUAAGUGGUGUGAAGAUGGACGUCAGCUCGACAUUCAAUUCCGGGAUGAAGGCCAUGUAUAUCGGUAUCCUCACCGUGCUUGUGCCUCUGGCAUCUUGUUUGAUAACUAUUACGAUCCUUCUCGGAGGCGGCAGCCAUUUGAUUACGAACAGAUCUUUCUAUCUGGCGACGACUUAUGCCGGGACUUCGUUCCCGGUCAUACACUACCUUCUCAGCGAGUUAAGAAUCCUAAAUUCGGAACUCGGUAGACUAGGAUUAUCGGCUGCUCUUAUAGGUGACAUGGUGACACUAGUUCUUACGUUGUUUGGCACGUGGAUGAGAAUAGGGAUUGAAAAAGGAACAAACCAGGUUCUAGUUGAUAUUGGAUGGGCUAUGCUUUUCAUUGUAAUUGCAGUGUUCGUGCUGCGACCUGGGUUGAAUUGGAUGGUGAAACACACGCCCGAGACUGGCCAUAUAAAAGAUGUAUGCUUCUAUGUCGUGGUUUUGGCCUUCAUGAUGUCGCCUGGGCUUGCCGAUCUAGUUAGUUUACAAGCUAAAUAUGGUCCGAUUAUUCUUGGUUUGGCUGUGCCGGAUGGACCCCCUUUGGGUUCUGCUCUGGUGGAGAAGUUAGACCCUAUUACUUCGGACUUGUUUUUGCCUGUGUUCGUUGCCACAUGCGGCAUGAGGUUUAAUAUAUCUAACAUUAAAGAACCUACCAAGCUCGCCAAGGACCAUGCAAUUGCAGGCGCGGUCGCACUUGUCAUCAAAUUUUGGGUCACUUUGGUACUGGCCAUGAUAUGCAAGAUGCACAUGAGAGAUUCGUUAGCAUUUUCUCUUAUAAUGAUAUCCAAAGGCGUCGUUGAGAUAGCUUCCUACAGCAUAAUGAGCGACCACAACAUGAUAUCGGAUGAUUUGUUUUGUUACUUGACGAUUAUGGUCAUUCUCAUGUCAAGCAUUGUGCCAAUACUAGUGAAAUGGCUUUAUGAUCCAUCUAGGAAGUAUUUAUGCUUUCAGAAAAGGACCAUCAUGAAUACCAAACUCAACCAGGAGCUGCGGAUGAUCGGUUGCAUUCACGUGCCGGGCAAUGUUAAUUCUAUUAUUAGCCUCCUGCAUGCCUGUUGUCCAACCAGAGACAGCUCCAUUUCUUUGGAUGCUCUUCACCUUGUCAAGCUCAGUGGACGAGCCACACCGGUUUUCAUUGCUCAUGACAAGCCAACGAAAACCAUGUCGAACCGAUCGUACUCCGAGAAUGUCAUCAUCGCUUUCAAUCAGUUCCAGCGAAACACUCGGGAAGCUGUAUCAGUGAAAGUUUUCACGGCGGUCUCGCCACCGAAUUUGAUGUACGAGGAUAUAUGUAAGCUCGCUGUGGACCGGCUCACAUCGUUUAUAAUACUUCCGUUUCACCGGAGGUGGUGCAUCGACGGGAGCAUCGAAUCAGAAGAUCAAACCAUCAGAAAUCUGAAUUUCGACAUCCUUGAAAUGGCACCUUGCUCGGUAGGGAUCCUCGUUGAUGUACGCCGCAAUCCAAAAAGCUUGAAUGUCACAGAUAAAUCAUCAGCAUCAUCACAUCACUCCUCAUCCUACAACAUUGCUGUGAUCUUCAUGGGGGGACGAGAUGAUAGAGAGGCUCUAGCGUUAGCUAAACGCAUUUCCCAAGACCAAAGUGUUAGCCUUACCGUAAUUCAUCUCAAAGCCAAGAACAGUUUAGAAGAAACCAUCCGGGGUGAGAAUGAUCGAAUGCUUGAUGAUGAGAUGUUGAGUGGUAUCAAAGAAAGUGUAAAAUUAACGUACAUUGAGGAACAAGUAACAGAUGGACCUGAAACUUCAAAUUUCCUGAGAUCCAUUGUGGAAGACUACCAGCUUAUCAUCGUUGGGAGACGACAUAAGUGUGAAGAUCCCCAAACCUUGGGCCUGGGAGAAUGGUGUGAAUUUCAAGAAAUUGGGAUUAUCGGGGACUUGCUUUCAUCGUCAGAUUUUGUUGGUAAUUAUUUCUUGUUGAUUGUUCAACAACAGCAGCAAAGGUCUGCUUAA